AGAUGCCAAGAAGCAGCAACUACUAUUCCCUUUUCUCCCAGCUGUCCAACGGCUACGUUCUGCCCGAGGGUCGGGUGACUCCCAACACCAUCUUUGUCGGCGGCAUCGAUCCGAGGGUCAAGAUAGAUGAAAUGAGGGACUUCUUUGCUACUUUUGGUGCAGUAAAGGAUGUGAAAAUCAUCACCUUCCGUGGAGGGCUCAGCAAAGGCUAUGGGUUUGUUUACUUUCAUGAGGAUGUCGACAUCAAGGCAAUUAUCGAUCAACAUAUCGUUUGGAAAGGGAAGUCACUCAAGCUGGGGCCGGCAAUCGUCAAGCAGAGGACUUGUCGGGCAAGACCGGCGCGGUUGCGUUCUCUUGACCCUUGGAUGGGACCCACCCAGUAUGUCCACUGCUCUUGUUGCCCACCAAAUGGCGUGUGCGUGUCCCACCCUCCACCAUUUGAUGAUGGUCGUUACUAUCAGACAUACACCUACCCCCAAUUUGGAAACUAUGCCGUCCCACAGAUGCCAAUGAAUGCUCAGAGUCCGUACGUCUACCAGUACAUUCCACCUUACUGGACAGCUGAUCAGCGAGCACGGCCCAGCGAUCACAACAUGAUGGACUGUGGUAUUCAGACCAUGCUGACUGUGCUGUAGUUCUCACAGCUUCUGACCGCACACCAGGCUACACGACUUCUGGAAAUGGAGAAAACGACACUUGGAAAUCACCUGACUACCACAGCAACCUUUUGCAUUUUCUUUCUGCCAUCUGCUUGGCUGAGGCCAAUUUUAAUUUAUUUUCUUGUCCCAUCACUUUGACCCACCCACAACUUGUCGAGACCACCAACCUCAAAACGCUUUUAACGUGUAACAAUCACUCAGAAAAGGGUCACGAGGAAGAGCGGAGCACUCUCACCGUACCAGGUUGUUAAGUGAUUACCCAAC